CCGUAUACACAAAACCCGUUUUCAGCGGCUGCGCUUCGUCGCGAGAGGAUAAGACUACCUUGACCACCAUGAAAAUACCUCCCUCCAUCCAACGGUCUAAAAUACCCUAAUCCACACCUGUCGGAUUCUGAACCGUUGAUCUGUUGCCGUACCCACCACCACCACCAUCACAUACACGUUAUAUAACCCCAGGUACAUUUUAAUCACACCAAUCAAUCACGUCAUACAACAAUCUCUCUCUGCAACUGAAUAUAGCUUCGAUCUGGUAUCUUUAAUGGUGCCGUAUGCUAAGAUCUGACGGCGAAGUGUAGAUUGGAAAAGUAUCUGGUUGUAUAUAUAUAACUUGUUCUACGUCCGUAGGUGGUGUUGUAAAAUGGGGCAUUCGUUUCCGGAGGAGGUGCUGGAGCAUGUGUUUUCGUUCAUAACUUCACAUAAAGACAGGAAUGUCGUUUCAUUGGUGUGCAAGUCGUGGUAUGAGAUCGAGAGAUGGUGCCGGAGGAGUAUUUUCAUCGGGAACUGUUACGCUGUGAGUCCGAAGAUGAUGAUCAGGAGGUUUCCGGAGGUGAGAUCCGUGGAGUUGAAAGGGAAACCGCAUUUUGCUGACUUCAAUUUGGUGCCGGAUGGUUGGGGAGGGUAUUUUUACCCUUGGAUCUCUGAAAUGUCUAGGGCUUACCCGUGGUUGGAGGAGAUUAAGCUUAAACGGAUGGUGGUCACAGAUGAGGGUUUGGAGUUGAUCUCCAAGUCUUUUAAGAACUUUAAAGUUUUGAUUUUGUCUUCUUGUGAGGGUUUCAGCACCGAUGGACUUGCUGCCAUUGCCGCCCAUUGCAGAAACCUGAAAGAAUUGGAUUUGCGUGAGAGCGAGGUGGAAGAUGUAAGCGGGCAUUGGCUAAGCCAUUUCCCUGAGACCUGCACGAGCUUAGAGUCUCUGAACAUGGCUUGCUUAGGUUCUGAAGUAAGCUUCUCAGCUCUCCAACGCCUCGUCACCCGCUCCCCCAACCUCAAGACUCUCAGACUCAAUCGCACUGUCCCUCUGGAAAAGCUCUCCACCCUCCUCCGCCGGGCCCCACAGCUUCUCCAAAUGGGCACAGCUUUUUAUCCCGUUUGUUCUCGACUCACUUCCUUAAACUUAAGUUAUGCCACCAUCCAAAGCCCUGAGAUCACCAAGAUUGUCACCCAGUGUCCUAAUCUCCAACGUCUAUGGGUGCUGGAUUACAUCGAGGACACGGGACUGAAUGCCCUUUCGUUGUCCUGUAAAGAGUUACGCGAACUGAGAGUUUUCCCUUCGGAUCCGUUUGUUGUUGAUGCAAAUGUAUCAUUAACAGAAGAAGGUCUGGUUGCGGUUUCCCAAGGCUGCACAAACCUCCAAUCUGUUCUCUACUUCUGUCGGCAGAUGACAAACUCUGCAUUGACCACCAUUGCUAGAAACCGCCCUAACCUAACCUGCUUCCGGUUAUGCAUCCUGGAGCCACGGGCCCCGGACUACCUGACACUGGAACCACUCGACACAGGGUUCGGAGCCAUUGUAGAACACUGUAAAGGGCUUGAAAGGCUUUCGUUAUCGGGUCUUUUAACAGACCGUGUGUUUGAGUACAUCGGGACGCGUGGUAAGAAGCUGGAGAUGCUGUCUAUCGCGUUUGCUGGGGAUAGUGAUUUAGGGCUGCAUCAUGUGUUGUCUGGGUGUGAGAGUCUUCGGAAGCUUGAGAUACGCGAUUGCCCGUUUGGGGAUAAAGCUUUGUUGGCGAAUGUUUCCAAGUUGGAGACAAUGCGAUCCCUUUGGAUGUCUUCGUGUUUGGUUAGUCUUGGAGCGUGUAAGUUGCUGAGUCAGAAGAUGCCUCGUCUUAAUGUUGAGGUUAUAGAUGAACGGGGUGACUUGGACUCCAUGCCGGAUACUUAUCCCGUUGAAAAGCUUUAUAUAUACCGGACUGUUGCGGGCCCCAGGUUCGACAUGCCUAGCUUUAUUCGGACCAUGGCUGUGGAUCAACAACGAAAUCGAAGAAAAAAAGACUGAUGUCUACUGAUGAAUGAUGAUGCCCACCCCUUUAUGAAAUAUGAAUCAUUCAUAUUCCCUCAUCAUUUGCAUCAUACCUGAAUUCUCUCUAUCAUCUACUAUGCAUUAUAGGGCUUCCUGCUACUGUUUUAGUUGAGUUAUGAAAAGGUGAAUUAUUAUAUUCUAAUAUCGAUUGGUGCAUUUGUUGAUCAAUUAAUGACAUUGAUGUCGUUUGUGAUAAGAUUUUGUUUAUGUUAAAAUGCAAAAAUGGUACAAAAAAGAUUUCGAAUAUAUUCUCUUGACACAAAAUUUAACUUGUCAUUGCAAUGGACCCUUUUGAAUAAGAAAAGUUAUAGCUUUGCGACAAGUACAUGCAUAUAGGUACGUUGAUACUGUUUAUUAUAUGCUUGAUCAAAAUAUUUAUUAAAUAUAUUUUUAAAACACAAUAAUAUUAUUCUUUAACUCUUUGUUUAGAAUUUUAUAAAUAGUUUAAUGCAUUAUAUAUGAUUAUAAAACCAUGUAAUUAUCUAUAUUCUAUAUAAAACUAUUUACAAAAAUGAGGCCAUUUGACUACACUUUAGUAGGUACAUUUUAAGGGUUCAAGAUUGUUUAUUCAACUCAAAUAUUUUUUUGAAUAAAAAUGUUUAUUGGCUUAUGUGGUGAAAAAGAGGU